AAGUGAUUAGUUUAUGGUGUGUCAUCCUUUUAUCAAACUUUUAUUAGGUCGUCAGUUUUAUGGCACUGUUCAAGACGCAAAUUCCAGCAAAAUAUGAAUGAUUAUUUCACGAAGUUACUAAGACAAUCAAGCUACCUCUCAUCCCUCAUUUCCUUUUCACAGAAAAACAAAUAAGGAGAAAAGAAUUAUGGAGAAUGAAUAUGAGACUGGGGAAUAUAAAAAUUGAUUGGUUCUAGUGUGCUGUAAGUGGGAGGUUUUUUUUUUUUCCUCUCCCUCCAACAGGAAGUGAUUUGCAGUGUUCAGCAAGCCUUUUGUUGAGAAGGUUUUCUCAGAUCAGUGAGUCAUGCUUUAGCUCUGAGCCGGCAGGCAGGCAGGCAGGCAGGCAGCAGUCAGUAGAGGGUAUUUGCUCGUCCCUUGCAGUGUCCGUGAUCAUCAACAACACAGAUCUUUUUCAGUUCUUAACUUUUUGGAUUUUGAGCUAGAAAUCAUCAGCAGCAUCACCGCUGGAAACUAAAAGCUGCACCACAACACUGGAAGCCUUUUAGAGACCUUUCCAUCCUUUUUUCCCCCUCCCUCUGCUUCAGUGUUGUUUCCAUGGAUUGUGUCUGUAUAUUUUUUCUCUGACGGAUUGGAUUGCAGCUCUGGAUUUUACAGAGAGCAGAUUGGACUUUGGCGACAACAGCAGCAGCAGCAGCAGCUCAACACAACCACCACUGUAACCUCAAUAGAGAAAAUUACAGUCAGGUGGCCUGUGAUUGCUAAAAAGGCGUUUGCUGCCUACCGUUGCUGCUAUGUUACAGGAGAGGGUAAUCAGCACCGCUCAGCCACGUCUGCCAGCACGCUUGUGAACGAGGCAGGCUGUGCGCGUUGGUUGGUGGAGAGAGGGGAGAGAGCAAAGAGAGAGAAGGGUAUGCUUCACCGUACCAAAUACAACCGCUUCAGAAAUGAGUCAGUAACAUCCGUCGAUGAGCUUCUUCACGGCCUGUCCAUGAACCCCAAGGUCUCGGCCACCCCCCAGUCUGCAGCCGAGACGUCUUACACACCCCCGACUGAGGUUCAGCCCUCCUCCGCCACUGCUCCUUCCAGCAACCCCACCGGCCACGGCUCUGACCACCUGGAAGAUGGAGGCACCACCCUCUGUACCCUCAUCAACAAGGUGUCCAGCCUGAAAUUCAGCAACUCCGGCAGCUUGCUCGGCAUAAAGGGUCUGCCCUCGGCCGUUAAGGACCUGGCUGUGUCAAAGCUGCAGGGGGGUGGGGGAUCAGGCUCAGGCAGCUCCAGUGGCCCGAGUCCCAGCGCAGCUACAGCGGCAGCCUCUGGUGUGGGUGUCUCUCUGUGCAGUUCGGCCUCCCAUUCAACCCCCUGUUCACAGCUGGAGCCAUCUGUCAGCAUGAGCAAGAAGAGCAGGCUGGAUGAACACCAGCCCAGCGGAGAGGACUGGAAUCCAGGUGGAGGCGGUGGCCUGGUGAGCAAACCCUCCAAAGGAUGGCUACACUCAAACGAGAAGAUCUCUGGUCCCGGAGUCACAUACAUUGUAAAGUAUCUGGGCUGUAUAGAAGUCCUUAGGUCGAUGAGAUCCCUGGAUUUCACUACAAGGUCACAAAUAACAAGGGAAGCCAUCAGCCUGGUGUGUGAGGCUGUUCCAGGGACCAAAGGAGCUCUGCGGAAGAGAAAGCCACCAUCCAAAGCUCUGUCCAGUAUUUUGGGGAAGAGCAAUCUGCAGUUUGCCGGCAUGUCCAUCAACCUCAACAUCUCCACAAGUAGCCUCAACCUGAUGACCCCUGACUGCAAACAGAUUAUAGCCAACCAUCACAUGCAGUCCAUCUCCUUUGCAUCAGGUGGAGAUCCUGAUACAACAGAUUAUGUUGCCUAUGUAGCAAAGGACCCAGUUAACAGAAGAGCAUGCCACAUCUUGGAGUGCUCUGAUGGACUAGCCCAGGACGUCAUCAGUACCAUCGGCCAGGCCUUUGACCUUCGCUUCCAGCAGUACCUGCAGUGUCCCUCAAGCAAGCUGUCGUCCACACAUGACAGGGUAUUAAACAUGGAGGAGUUACCUUGGACGGAGGAAGAGGAGGAGUCAGCAGAGCACCCUUACUAUAACAACAUCCCCGGGAAGAUGCCUCCCCCUGGAGGCUUCAUUGACACCAGGCUGACCAAUCAAAAUGCAGAUGGUUGCCAGAUGGGUCCAGGAUCUGUCGAUCAGACAUAUUACCAAGGGCGGCAAAGCUGGGGAGAUGAAAGAAAGACUUUCUUCAUGCAACAGGGAUCAUUUGAUAUAAGUGGACUCCCAGAGACUAAAGGUCAAGCACCAAAUGCAGAAGAAAUGCCCACCUAUGUGAACACCCAGCAGAUCGAUGCCCAGGUGCUCGCAGCUCUCCAGGCAGAGGCUGAAAAUGUGACAAAGGGCAUGGCAGCUGCAGCCAAAGAGAGCCCACAGAAGGACCUGUUUGAUAUGAAGCCCUUCGAAGAUGCAAUCCAGUCCCAGUCCCAGCCGCUGUCUCAGGGACAGGCCCAGUCCCAGGUACCCGGUCUUCACAAGGCAGCAUCCGUGGACAACUCGAGCCCUCUGCUUGUGCGCUCUCUGGCCUUCCGGGCUCAGGAGGAGCUGGAGGGCCAAAUGUGGUACCACGGUAAAAUGAGUCGCCGCGAUGCUGAGAAACUUCUGAAAAAUGACGGGGACUUUCUCGUCCGUAAGAGCACUACCAACCCAGGGUCCUACGUACUGACAGGCAUGCACAAUGGAAUUGCCAAACACCUACUGCUGGUGGACCCUGAAGGCACGGUACGGACAAAAGAUCACAUAUUUGACAGCAUUAGCCACCUUAUUGGCCAUCACCGUGACAACAACCUGCCGAUUGUUUCAGCCGGGAGUGAACUGUGUCUCCUACAGCCUGUGGGAAGGAAACAGUGAUGCUUGCGAUGCCUGACCGAUAAUAGGAAGCGCUAAAAUGGCCUCUCACUAUGGAGCUUGAAGAUGAAACAUGAGUCGAUGCUUCAAGGCUCAGUUCGCUCAAAGAGUUAUUGAGACAAACUGAUCUGCAGUUACUUAACCAGAGACGCUGGAAGAUGCAGGAGUUGUUAAAGAUGAAAAAAACAAUAGAGAACUGUUAUUAUUUUGUUGUGAUGACUGAAAUGCUAUAUUUUUGACAAGACUUAGGUGCAUUUGGACACAAUAUCUCGAUUUGGUGUUUUAAAAGAUUAAGAAAAAGACUACUGUUCUUGUAGUUUAGACAAAGCGCAAAUCAAACCUCAAAGAGGUAUUAACAAGAGUAUUUUAGAAUAAAAAUCUGAAACUUUAGUUUUGUCUGUCAAGCACAACCACAUUUCUACAGGAACCGUCGGCUAAGAGGUUGAGGAAACGGAAAAGCUCUUUAUAACGAAAUUACGUUCAGAAAAACGUCCUUUAAUCUCACCAACAGCGUGACAGUUUAUUCGAUUAGUCACUAUAAGAAAAACCUAGCUUUUAUUGGGGUUUAGGCCUGAAUGUGUUUUUUUUUUCUUUUCUUUUGCUUUGCAGUUGUCACAAAUUGUUGGGUGGGGGAAGGGGGUGCAAACAGCCACCCUUUCACAGUGCUGUCAAUGGCUUUAACGAUAAAGUUUUUUAUGAAGUAUUUUCUCGUGUCACUGCAGUCGCAUGACUUAAAAUCAACCGUUCUCGUGGCCAUGUUCGUAGACCUUGAUACCCCUUUAUUUGAAAGAGGUGCUUAUGUAUGCUGACACUGUAAAAAAAUAAAAAUAAAAAAGACAAAAAAUAUAUGCUUUUCAAACUAUUUCCGAAUUGGUUUUUCGCUGAAUUCUUUUAGGUGUGUAGUCGGUGAUUAGUUUUGGGGCUUGCAAUGGAUAUUCUCACAUCUUUGAUUCACAUUUUCAGCUUUUUGUGAACCUUUAAAAUCUUAAAUAUUAUUAUUACUAUUAUUAUUUGAAGGAUCUGAAACGAAUAGCACAAAACAAAGUUAGGUCACUUAGUUCACCCGUGUCAGACGAGUGUCUUGCGUUUACGCCAAAUGUUUAAAAUGCUCUCGAUCGUUUUCAGUUACUGUUAGCUUUUGAUUUCUCAGUGUCGACAUCUUAUGAUAAAAACAGUUUUGCCACAUGAUGUCACCCUAGAGUUGGAUAGUUACUCCUGUCAGUUACAUCUGCUUUGGAUAACACUGCGUUUGAAAGGAAAAUACAGCUUUUAAGCCAGUUUUUAACCAUUAAUUUUCAGUUUGCAAUCCACUGUAUGCUCUCAUUCCUCUGGACAGUUUAGUAUUUAUGUUGUUUUUAAAAAGCUCAUAGAAGUGGUACACAGCAGCACUGGAAACUGACUUCUUUUUUUCUUUUAUUUAAUCCUUUUAUCCUUACUAAUGUCAGGACACCGAUGGAUACCAAAUGAAUGGGGCAUUGUAUUUGAUAUGCACUGGAUCACUUCAGUUGAACCCAAAUCAGCAUGUGUUCAAUGAGUUUGACAAGACAGAUGCAAUGUAAUAUAAUGUGCCUGUGUUUUGCUGCAAGAGGGAGUGUACAGUACAUGCAUCUCACAACCCACAGCACUGGGGUCCUUGUGAAAAUUUUAAAAAACAACAACAACAAAAAAAACAUCCACCACAUCCGUUUUGGGUUAAUGUGUUUGAUUCAUUGUGUCCCAAUGGAGAAGGACACAAAGAGAAUUUUGUCAUUUACUUUUGCAUUCUCCACUUCUUUGCGACAUAAUUUCAUCAAAUCAAAUAACUCUGAAGAAAGAAUAAUGUGCUAAAUUAUUUAAAAGCACUCUGCUAAUGUAAAAAAAAAAGAAGCUUUAUUUCUAAAAUCUGAAAUUGUAGGAACACUUUGGGAAAAUGCACAAAAUUCCAAACAAACAAAGCGUAUAUCAAAAGCAACCGUACUCGAAUCUCGCCGAGGAUCAGCUUUGAGACUUAAAGAAAUGACCAAACUCCUCACUGGGACAAAAACUAAGAACAUGGCGUCUUUCCAGAUUUCUGUUGAUGAAAAUGUGCCUUUUAUUUGUACAACGUUUGUUUUUAAUUUCUCCUUUCUCUCUUCCUUCAAAGUGCAAUAGCUGAUCUUCAAUGGGGCAUGCCUGUUCACUAGAGGUUGUGUUUUUGCCCUGCUGCGUGUUGCUGCUUGAGACUACUGUUCCCUCUCACUAUCUGUCUCCCACCCUCCCUCCCUCCCUCUCUAUUAUAUAUUAUAAAUGUAUCAUUUUGAGAUUCUAAAUAUAAAUCUUUGUCAGAGGAAAUCACACAGAAACUCACUAUUUUGGGACAGUUAUUUAAAAAAAACUGGGGGGAAAAAAGGAAAUAAAAACAUAGAGACAAGAAGUCCAAAUGAUGUUUACAGAUUUAAUCUUUUGGUUGUAUUAGUUAAUCAUUAUUCUGUAUGACUGUUGGCAAUAAAACCGUGAAUGUGUAGAAUCGCUGUUGUUUCUCUGCUGUAAUAGUUUCGGGUAUUAAUAUUUCUGCUCAUGAGUCACAGAUUUCUCAUCUAAAACGCGCAGGUGGUUUUAAUUUACCCACAUUCACAUAUACUUGUCUUUGAGAUGUGUUACUCUGGGUCAUCCACAGUCCGCACUAUUUAUAUUAGUUCCCAUGAAAAGUAAGAGUAAAUAAGUUCCAGGUGCGGUCUGUGGAUUGUCCACAGUGACUGGAAAUUAGUUUUAGGAAAUAGAUAUUGUGAGCCACAGAAAACACAACUUAGUGUAUAUGCAUUGUGUGUUAGAUUGCCUCCAGAAAUCUUUAAAACAUAAUAUUUUACAUCUCUAUUUUUCUUUUUUGUGUGCAUUUUCAGCCUUUAUUAGAUGGUGCAGUACAGGUAGUGGACAGGAAAGCAGGGAAAAGAGUUGCGGUAAGGACAUGCAGAAAAUGGUCUGGGUCAGACUCAGAGCCGAACCUCUGCAGCAGCCUUCAGCACUGAGUCACCUGUACAGCCAGGUGAGCUACAGCGAGACCCAUGCUUCUAAAUCUUGACUAACAAAAUCAAAAGCAUGGCUAGAUUACACAGUAAAUACUUUUUUUGGUGAACCAAGCCUUUAUAAGUUCCUUUCAUAUACAAAGCAGAGCUGCACUCUCUUGGCCACAAGGUGAUUCUAAUGAAUUGUUACACAGUAAAUUUAAUAGUUUUCCAUUUUAAUUUACUGAGUGAAAGCUGAUUUUUUUUUUAUCUAACAUGAAUAUCUGCAAUUUGUAUUUCACAUGCUACAUUCACGUGCCUCUUUAGUCUUCAGCUUUCUAGCGUCAUGCUUUUAAAGCUCAAAACAAACGCACACAAAGAACAGCUGUAGCUGCAUAGAGAACAUGCAGCAGUACUGAGUAAGACCAGCAGAUGGAGCCCUUGUAUCACGAACGCUUUCAUUUUGAGCACAAUGCUACUGAUAUAAUACAAAAAAAGCACCUGUUUGUUUCUUCACUAUGAGUAACUCUUGCCUUGGUUAUUAUACAAUGCAGAUUACAGCAACUGCCCAGCAUACUGUAGGAUUACUGAGUAAAUACAAACUACGUAGAUUAAUAAAUACCUUCAGCUGUGUGUCAUUGCAAUAAUAAUAGUCUACAAUCAUUCUUCAUUACAUUGGUUUUUGCAGGGAUAUAAUUGCACUUAUUUGGUAACUGCGGGUAAAUUUUCACUUCUAAUUUAUCAUAGGAGCUCACAGCUGCAACUAUGGAGGUAAAAGUCAUUUCUGUUGAGGGUAAGAGCACCAGUCAUCUGUGGAAGUGACUGUUAUCCAGCAAAAAAACAAACCCAACAACAAAAAAAAGGACAAUAUGACUCCAAACUCUUGAGCACUCCAAAGUUUUGAGCACUGGAGGCUGGACUUGAAAGAGCCAUACAUUACAGAUGAUGAACAUAUAGCAAAAAGAAACCACUGCCCUGCAGCUAAUGUCAGAAAUCUACCCUUCAUUUAAAGAAACCCUUGUUUUGGGAACAAUGCUCUCCGUUGUGACUGCUGCACAAGCCCGUAAGCUCAGAG